UCUGGUAUGAUUUUUGUUGUCCGGUGUUGCACCUUCUCCAGAGUAGCUAUGUCUUUCUGAAGAUGAGGUUUCCAUGCCUGGAUACAAUAAUUCGGGUGGUGGCACACCAGAGACUUACACAAUUGAACGACUACUUUAUUUUCCUUGAAGGUAUAUUAUAUACAUCAUAGCGCUACUGUUGCAAUAUGGAACGUUGGAUUGGUCGCGUUGUCCUGGUGACGGGAGCCAGUGCAGGUAUUGGAGCAGCCAUCAGCAGAAGGCUUGUGGAGGCCGGCAUGAAAGUUGUUGGAGCUGCACGAAAUGAGGAGAGGCUUCAGGCCCUUGCAAGAGAACUGGCCAACAAACCUGGGUCCUUCACCCCAGUGAAAUGUGAUAUCUCCAAAGAUGAUGAUGUUCUCAGUCUAUUUGCCACCAUUAAGCAGAAAUUUGGAGGUGUUGAUGUGUGCAUCAACAAUGCCGGCAUGUCUCACAACCACUCUCUUUUGGAAGGAACAACAGAGGAGUGGCGAGAGAUGCUGGAUAUCAAUGUGGUGGGCUUGUGUCUGUGUACACGUGAAUCUGUGGCAUCCAUGCGUGCACGCCAGGUUGAUGAUGGUCAAAUCAUUCAUAUCAGCAGUAUAUUAGGUCAUCGUGUCUCAUCAAAUCCAGGAAAUCACUUCUACACUGCCACCAAGUUUGCUGUGACGGCCCUUCUUGAAGGAAUGCGGCAGGAGCUCAGAGAUGCAAAGUCUCACAUUCGAAUUGCGGCCAUUAGCCCGGGCAUUGUGGAGACUGAAUUUGCCCCAAGAAUGCUUAAGAGUGAGGAAGCAGGAAAGAAAAUUUACAUGAACCGUAUGUGCCUAAAAGCAGACGACAUUGCUUCCUCAGUGAUUCAUGUGUUGUCUGCUCCACCACAUGUCCAAAUUCAUGACAUCCUUAUCCAGCCAACGGAACAGGUUUAGCAAGUCUUGUGAGAUUCAAACUGUGAACACAGCACCCACUGUAUUUUUUUCACAAGCUCUCAAAAUGACUUUUGGGAGCCAGUCAAGCAAAAUUGGCCAAUUUGGAAAUAUAGAUUCUUAUACUCAAUCAUAACUUUUAUACAUUUUGUAGCUCUCAAGCUAGUCUGCACUUAUAUUGUAUAUUAUUCUGUACAGGGUUUACCUGAAUAAAGCUCAUCUUGUACACAAGGCACAUAAAACUGUUGGGUAGAACAAUUAGAAAGUUAUAAUAUUCAGGAUUUAAAACUGAAGUCAUACAGAAUAUACAUUUUUAAAUGACAACAAUAAAAAUAAUUUUAAACUUGUUAAAAUUGUCAAAUUGUCAGUUAUGAUUUGUGAUGGAAAUACUGUAGUAUUGAAUUUAUGAGCACUUGCAAAAGGGGGCUUUAUCAUUUCUUAUAUUGUUUUGUACAAUUAUCAAUUCCUAUAUGAUUGUAAAGCAAAAGUUGAUAGCAGUAGAAAAAUUUGGGUACCUAUAUACAUAAUACCUAAUUAUAUACCAAUAAAUAUACCUAAUUAUUUGAUACAUAGCUAGCUGGAAUGUACAUGCCACAUACUGUACUAAUAAAUUGUGCAUUUACGAUUCUUGAAACUUUUCCAUUUAACAUUAGAAGUUUCUUUAAAAUGUCUUAUUUUCUUGAUCAAAAAGCAAAUUUCAAACAAUUUAAUCUUUAUGCCAUUACGGGAUUAGCUCAAAUAUAACACACUGUUCAACGACUUAAAAAUUUUAAAUUCUAAAAUAUUCAUUCUGGUAAGAUAUACACUUUCAAGUACAGUACAGUGUUCUAAAUUUAUGACUGUGUGCUUCAAGAUGUGCAUUAGAGAGAAAGUGCUGCUGUGACCAGCACAAGUUUACAAUAUUAUACUAGUAAGAUACAGAACUGAACUAUAGUCUCCCCUUGUGUUACCUUCGCUCUCCAAUAUGUGGAACUGGCCUAGUUGCUGAAAGAAGUGGUGUGGAUGGUGCUAUGAGGGGGGCCCACCUCAGUUGCGUGGCAUUUACCUCAGUUUUCUCUUCUUACCACAGAAGUCAGCAAUAAGCAGAUGAUGAGUCACAAUAAUGUGACUUGAAGAUAUGAGAACUAAAUCACACACCAGAGGAUAAAGAGAUGAUGAUGUUUCGGUCAGUCUUGGACCAUUAUCGAGUCGAUUGUGAUAAUGGUCCAUAAUCGACUUAUAAUGAUCCAGGAUGGCCGAAACAUCGUCGUCUCCUCAUUUUCUGGUGAGUGGUUUAGUUCUCUAGUUGGUAAUAAUUUUAGGCAAGUGAUAAAUGUACCUAUUCUGGCAUUAUUGUUUUCUCUCAUACAUUAAAAAAAAAGUUUGUAAUACACAUCUUAAAACUGCAGUUUGUAUCCUCAUUUCAAAAUGAUUGUGUAGCCUAAUGGUUAACAUUUUUAUUUUGUGUGUCAGUUUUUCCUGUGUAUUGAAUAUUAUUUAUUUUAAUUGAAUCUUAUAAAUUUAUUGCAUCAUUAUUUUAAUUCCUACCCCAUGGGUCUCUGUAGUACAUUUGGGUUUGUUUUUGGCUCAUUCGGAAAUUCUGGGCAGGACAGAUAUGGUUGAGCAUGUUUCCUACCACCUAAUGUCCUGUUCACCUAGCAGUAAAUAGGUACCCAGGAGUUAGUCAGCUUGUUGUGGUGUUGAAUCUGGAGGAGGGUCAGUAGUUUGACCUUAGAGGGGCCCUUGAUAUAGGUCUGAUAUAAAUAUACACAAACUACCUGUCCCUAACAAAAUUAAUUAAUAUCAUAAAACUAAUUUCCCUCCUUUUCCAUUACUGUAUACAAGUGCUUCCAUUUACAUCACAUUACAAAAUACUGUAAAUGCAUUUUCAAUAUAAACAAUAAAAAAUACUUUGUCA